UGGAAAGAAUUGAAAUGUAAAUAUCGCCUCCCUAAAUUUAAAACUAAUAAUUAUAAUUUUUAAAUUAUAAAAAUACCCCUAUUAAGUGGGUCUUCUUCCUCUCAGACUCUGAGUCAACCCAGUUCGUCCCCGAUUUGCUUAAAGAGAGAAUGCGAUGGCGAGCUUGGAGCAAAGACGGCUGGGUAAAUCCACUUUGAUUUUUCUCUAAGACAAUACCCUAAAUCGUAGUGAGAGAUGAGUGAAAAAAACAGCGAUUAGUGAGAGGCGGCGGUGCUAGCGACAGUUAGAGUCGCGAUUCCGGCGGCGGCAGCGGCGGCGGCGGCGGCCAAUGAACGGCGGUGAUGUGUGGCCGGAAACGGCUCCGUAGAGGAACAGAUCUGACUCGAACAUGUUUAUUGUCACCUACACGGCUGAGCACAACCACCCCAUGCCGACUCACCGGAAUUCACUCGCCGGGAGCACCCGCCAGAAGCCGGUCACACCCCAAAAGGCCACCGGCGGUGAUACUAACAAACCCAGUUGCUCCUCCCCUGUUUCGCCGGCCAGUCUCUCUCCGACGAACGAAAAGGUUGAUAGCAGGGAAGACUUGAUGCUGGAAGUUGAUGAAGAUCGCGUGUGUGAUCUAAAGCUGUAUUUCUUGUAUAUUUUUUGUCUUUCAAUGGCUUCCUCUGUGUCACGCCCACCAACACCAUUAACAUUCCUUCAUAAAAGAACCCAUUUCAGAGUCUCACCCAACCAAAUUGUCCCUUCCAUUCUUCAGAAGAAACAACUACAAUUCAAGUCAAAGCCAUGUAUGACAUUUGGAGCUUCUAAUGUUUGCUGCUUUAUGGGGAAGCUAAAGCUGCUCAGGCUACUGCGGAUUCCAUUAGAGAUUUGGUCUCAAGAUUGCGUCGUCCUUGCGGAGCCCGGGAUGGCCUGAUGAGGCUGUUGUGUUUGCCCUAGCUACACUCCCUGUGAUUGAGCUUUGUGGUGCUGUUCCUGUGGUUACUGGUUGCAACUCAAGCCCACAUUCCCAACUGUCUACUCUGUUCUUGGGUUGGUCUAAAUGACUCAACUCUCACUCCUGAUCUUGUUCGAGUUUGUUAGAGGCUAUUUUAGUCAUCGAGAUUGUUUUUCAAAUUUAAUAUUAAAUUAUAAGGUUAAUUUUGUCA